AUGCGCAGCAAGAACGACGUGGCGGCGCAGCACGACGCCACCGACUACGCCCUGCGCAACCGCGUCUACCAGACGCUGGACGAGAUGGAGCGAGUGCGCAAGGAGAUCACCAACAUGGAGGGCGCGUUGCGGGACAAGAUCGCGUCGCAGAUGCUGGCGGAGACGCGCCUGGAAAAUCGCUUGAUGCGGCCCAGCCCCGAGCUGGUGCGCGACGACCCGCACGCAGGCCUGGCCGACGAGGGCGACGUACAACGGGCUGGAGAACCUUAUGGUGAACCUGGAUCGCGAGAUCGCCAGCAAGCAACACGCCAUGAAUCUGGACUUGGCGUGUCUGGACGUACGAGCCAAGCUGUACGCGCGCACCCGCGCCAAACCCAGCAGCCAGACGGCGCGUAACGUGCAACUCGUCCGCAUGGAAGACGAGAUCCCUCCCGAGUGAAGGACGACGCAGCUCCUCCGACAAGGCGCCUUUUUGCUUUUACUGUAUUUUACUGCAUCGCACUCCUCACUUGCUAUUUUACUGUCUCUUCAUUUCGAAUUAAAGAAUACAGCGGGAAAACGUGUACUUCGUACUUCCCAUUAAUUACCAAUUAAUUGAUGUACAAUUAUAAUUUUACUCAGAGUAAGGUACUGAACAGAGUGUAAGGAAGUGCAAACUGAGAAAUAUGAAACUUCACGUCAUGGUCUAUUGUUUUAAAAUAAUCUGAAUUUACCUUCUUUCUCAUUUUACUCUCCCGAAUACGUAUGUAUAUAUGGAGUAAUUUACGCGUAUAGGAAAAGAAUUUUCGUAUUUAGGAAAAGUUAUGUAAUGCUGCGGAAAAUCGACAUCGAGAUUUCAACGGAUAUACACGUUUUGGGGUCCCCUGACACCGAAAAAGCGUUUUUUUUACAAAAUCCGUCCGUCCGCCCGUCCGUCCGACUGCCUGGUGUAUGUGAACAACACUAGCGCCUAAACCAUGCGUAUGCCUAUUUCCAAAUAGAAUAAGCAUCAGUCCAUUUGGCCUGAGUCGAACCUCUGCGAUUUUGAAAAUCCUUCAUUAGUUUUGGAAGGUACUUUACAUGAAGUCCCUGGGACAUUUACAAAAUUUUCUCAAAAAUAGCUCCAAUUUUUUUCUUUUUAAUUUUUUGCAAGGAAAAAUAGUAAAAUUCACAUAUAAAUGUGGCGAAGGUCCGAUUAUCACGGUUAUCCCUGAAUUUUCGAAAAUUUAAAAUGUUUGAAUUUUCGUCAGAGUCUUUCAAAAACAAAAUUAAAAAUUGAGAUCUUUUCUUCAAAUAAAAUGUGUUGUGCAUCACUUGUUCUUUGAUUAAGGUCAUGUACAUUUUUUUAAAAUUUUAGUAGUUUUCGAGCAAUAUUGCAUGCAAUUUUCAAAAAUUACUAAAACAUUAUCUCAAAAACCGCUCUAAUUUUUUAAAACUUGUGGUCGGGAUUGUUCUAAAUGCACUCUGUGAGAUAACAUAAAUUCCAUAUUGGUGUAUUCUUUUGUAUUUUCAUAAAUAA